CCCCCACGGUUCUAAAUUAGGACAUAAUCGCCAUUCGCCACUGCACUGCACCUGCGUCACUCCCCACCACUGCCAAAAUUUAUCCAAAUACCCGCGCAGAAGAGAGCGCUUAUAGCAAGAAACAAAUACAGUGAUCGUUAAAAACUUGUAUUCCCACAUCUACGGCUAUGGCUUUCACUCCCAUUUAACUUCUCCCUCUUAUCUCCUUCUUCUCCUCUUCUUUGCAUGAUACAAAAAGAAUUUCUUUCCCAUUUUGUUUUUCUCCUUUUCGAUGAGUUGCGGAGCAAUCCUCAGCCUUUCAACUAAUGCUGUUGCUACCAGAAGAAUCCGAUUCCAUAACCCCAAAUUCUGCACCAGAACUCUACACCCAUUAUCCUACUCCUUUUUUCAGGUGAAUUUUGGUGGGAAUCAUCGGCUUAGGCUUAGCAGUAUCAGACGGCUUCAUUUGUCUCCAAAUGCAACCUCUCUCGAGCUUCCUCUUCUUCCUUUUAACAUGGGCGAGGUUUUGGUUCCAUCAGAAAGUAAGGUUCUGCAUUUAUACGAAGCUAGAUAUCUUGCUCUGCUAGAGGAGUCUUUAUUGAGAAAGAAGAAGGUUUUCGUACAUUUUGUGUUGGAUCCCAUUCUUAUUAGCAGUUCAGGAACUGAGGCAUCAUUUGCAGCUAGAUAUGGCUGUUUGGUUUUUAUAGAAAAUGUUGAGCGUUUAGAUGUUGGAGCAUUAGUCUCCAUAAGGGGAAUUGGUCGUGUCAAGCUUGUGAAAUUUUUGCAGUCAAAUCCUUACUUGAUAGGUGAAGUCAUACCAUUACAGGACCGGGUUCCUGAUGAUCCAAGUAAAAUAGACUCCAAACUUAUAGCAGUAAAGGAGGCUCUUUACAGUCUAAAUAGCUUGGAAAUUAAAUUAAAGGCUCCCAAAGAAGCAUUGUUGCAGACUCGUAUUGCAAACUCACUAACAUGGGCUAAAAAGGAGCCAUCCUUGGAAUGUGAUAAAGCUUUCAUUCCAUCUCUGGCUGAGCGUAUAUCCUUCACAGCACUACAACCUAUUUCAGGUUCUACUGAAUCAGAAAUGCUCAAGUUGCAGCAACAGAAGCUAAGAGCAAUGGAUGUGAAAGAGACGCUACAAAGGCUAGAUGAUUCCUUAGAAUUAGUUAAUGAGAACAUCUCCAUUGUUGCAGCAAAGCUUGCUAUCCAAUCACUAGAAAUGCAGUAGGUGUGGAAGUUAAUAGCUGAGGUCUUAUGGCGUCGCGAUAGAGAUCAUUUUGCCUAAUCCCCAUCGUCUCCCGGCUAAGGAUGCCGGCCUUAUUCAGUGGGGCGAGUGGAGCCUCGAGUUGAGAAGCACUGCUGAGAGGUAGGAAGAUCCAACAUUGAAAGAAAAGCUAUGAUUUGUUAUUAUGUAACCAUUUUUUUCUUGAGGUACAGGCCUAACCAAAAAAAUAUAUAUAUAUAUAUUGUUGAUAUUGUAAACCAAGGUUAUAAUUGUAAAUUGAUUUGUUUGUACCAAUUGAAGGAUAUGAAUGAAUCUUCUAAAA